GACCCACGCACGCAGUCGAAUUCGUCUCAAUUGAGUCAAUCGGCCAGGAACAUCACUCCGCCCGCUGCGGCAGGCGUGAUGAAAAAUGGGCCGACAUUGCUUGAGGAGAAUUUCACGUCCCCGGGGGCCGCGACGAGUGUGAUGUUGGACGGGAAUUUUACUAGCAAUAAAUCCGGAGGAAUAAACGGAAUGAAAAUGAUGAACAACCACAGCAACAAUUUUCUGCUUUCCAACGUGGAACAGCAACUCUCCGGAAUCUCGGCCUCGUUGAAAGCCCUGGGCGUCGAAAUGGAGCUGGCGUCUGACGAGGAGGACGAUUCUUCUGCCGCGUCGGCGGGGGUCGAGCAGGACGUCCGGAUGAACCAGCAGCAAGCUGGAAUGCAUCACGUACAAGCGGUAGCGGCCAGCAAUUGUACAACUCGCGGAAAAAAUAAAGGAAAACAAGUGAUCGCGCCAGGUCCACAGCAAGAUCCACAAGAGGACGAACAAGAUUUCUUGCACAGCCUGCACGAGACGAAGCAGCUACUGCAAAAGCAGUUGAAAUUGUUGCAAAAUUCGCUAGCGCAGGUCGCCGGAACUGCAGCUGCUCCUGCGAAGAUAAAAGAGAAAACGCGCCAGCACCAGAGAAACAAGAAGAACCACCAGAAAUUGUCGACUUUUGAUCAUGAUCAAGAAAAUCUCUCUUCUUCCAGUAGUUCCGAAGACGCGUAUUCCGUCGAGUGUGAGCAGCGGAACAAGAGCAACGAAGCGAACAACCCGGAUCUGUUACUCGAUCAAUACGGCGAGUCCCCACCUAAGCGCAUCAAGUCCCCCGGGCGGCACAGGUGGGUCGUGGAGAAUAAAAAGGACGAGAUGAAGAAGAACAAGAACUACAGUAGAGCAGGGUGGAUCAAACAGAACAAGAAUCUGCACUCAGCUACUAGCGAAGAUCAAGAUUCUUCUUCCAACAGUCAUCAAAGUGGACAUCAUCAGAAAAACGCAACACUUUCUCGCAGUGCGAUCGACCUCGCGGAAACCCUUAUCUCGUCCCCUUCAGCCGCACUGGUUUCUUCACUGCCGAAAACACCGCUGUCGUCCUGGAACUACUUCGAGAAGGUGGCUGACACGGUGAAAGCGGUAGUGGCGGAGAAGGUUUUAUGCUUUGCAAAAGCAUCGCAGACGCGGUUUCAUCACUAGGAUGGAUCGCAGGACAAAUUUUUGAGAAGGAAGAUUUAGCCAGCAUAAUCACAUUUGUCAUGCAAAAUUCCCUCUACUAGAUCUAGAACUAGCAACGAGUCGUGCGUCGUGCGAUAUUUUUGCACAGGAUAGUUUUUCCAGCUGGUUAUCGAUAAAUACGCUGACGACCGGGAGGGUGACGUCGGGGGCGUUUUUCAAAAAUCGCUCUGCAGACUGUACUCCGCGAACCCCUACGACAUUUGCAACACGAACGUCCUGCUGCGACCGGCCUUGCUCGUGAAAAGGAUGACGAGACAUGGGUAUUUACUCGAGACCGCGCUAAUUUUUUUUCUCUCGACAUAGAUUUUGCGUCGGAAUCUGUGCUAUCUCGCUUUGUGUUUUCUACUCGUAGAGCGCAUCAGGCAAAAAUGGAAAGAGUGUCGAUGUGACACUACCCCUUCAUGUUGUAUGAACAAACACCUAAACCUAAAUCAAAUACAGGUACUUCGAGAGUGCGCUGCGGCGUAUCAUACCGUCGUACCAGCGGCGGCUAGAGGAGGGGAAGAAAAUCUACGUUACCGCGGUCAACGAUGUGCGCCGGGAUCUGGACGAGAUGUUUUUUCACCUGAAAUCCCAAAGAAGCUUGGUUUUGGAAAUCAUCAUCACAGAACCCUGCAGGGAGGAGAUAGCGUGCUGA